GAGUGUUUGGAUUGUAAACAGUAAGAGUCUGCCUCUCUUGAGACUUUAUUUUGUUGUCUGUUGCGUUCAGUUGUUUCCAGGGCUUGAUGAAAGAUUGCAAGCAUAUAUUCCAUCGGGUAUACUCCUUGACGUGGCUGAAGGCGGCGGUCAGAUACGCAAAAAUUGAAGUGCAAAAUGGAAAAGCCCAGCGGCGGCUCGCGGGCCGGCGACUCUUCCGUCCGAAAAGGGAUGGGAUGGGUGACCGACCGACCGACCAAACCCCCACGCGCAGUUGGACAAAGUUCCCUUCCCUCCCUCCCUCCCUCCCUCCCAAGUUGCAGACGUGCAAACUGCCCUGCGGCUCCGGGGCGGCCACCCCCCCACGCGCGCAACGAGCUUGGUACGGAAACCUAGGAGCCAUAUGGCAUUGGCAGGUUGGCAUUGGUACCAGAGGCUGCACACCAACUUCUUUGGGGACCCUUGGUGUCGGGUAUAGGUGGUUUGAAUGUAACCACACGGGCAUGGCUAAAGUCCCCCCUCGCCCAUUUUAUUGUAAGAGGUUUUGCAAACAGGCGCGGACACACACACGCAUGCAGGCCUACCGGAGAGGUAAUCUGAGCGGUGUACGGAUACGGUGUAGGGAGAUGUUACGUGACGGCGUAGAGGCUUGGAGGAUCUUAUCGUGGCUCAUGGAAAUUAGAGGGGGGGAGGCUUCUUUGCUUCCUUCGAGAAGGUUUCCGGCUUGGUGAGUGUUGGGUUGUGUGGGGUGGUCACGAGGGUGAGAGUGUUGAUGAAGCUGAAGCCGGAGAUGUGAGAAUCUAAAGGGCAAGGGGAUGGAUGUAUCAUGGGAUGGUGAGAUAUUUCCAGCAUUGAGUGGUUCUGUACGUGGGGGGCAGGGUUCCGUAACUCAAUUUUCUUUAGUAAGUGCCGCGCUUAUUCUUUGUUACUAUUAUUUAUUGAUUU